AUGGCCCCCGACCUCGCCCUCGCAGGCUGUGUCUCUACCCAAUCCGCUGCCAGCAAGAACCUUCAUGAUGCAGACGAGGUCACCGCCUGGGAGGCUGACGUCUUCAGCGCGAACAACUCCUGCGUAUUGGCUCCUGAGAUCACUGAUGGCUCUGACCAUAUCUUCGGCGAGUACAUGCGCUCCAACGUUAUCGAUUCCAAGUCGUGCGACGGCGUCCCCGCCUUCCUUGAGGUCCAGAAAGUCGACGUUGCCACCUGCGACCCCAUCCCCAAGGUUGCCGGCGACAUCUGGAACUGA